AUGUCGGAUUCUGUAGAUCGCGUCUUCGUCCAUGCCCUGAAUACUGUUAAGAGGAUUCCCCGGACGGGCACUGCGCGCCCUCCGGCGGCCGAACGAUUAAAACUUUAUGGAUUAUACAAGCAAAGCAUGGAGGGAGAUGUUGAGGGUGUCAUGGAUCGACCGAUAGGAAAUACACCAGAGGUUCAUGCGGAGUGUGAGAAAUGGGAUGCUUGGUAUGCUCAACGUGGUAUUACACGCACAGAAGCUAAACGCCGCUACAUCUCAACAUUAAUAAAUACCAUGCACCAAUACGCCUCGCAAACUCCCGAAGCGCGCGAACUAGUCUCAGAACUCGAAUUCGUCUGGGAUCAAAUUAAGUAUAAUGCGUCUUCGUCCUCCUCAUCCGGUCCACUGCAUUCUGUCGGCGUCCCGCCUUUAUCUCGACAUCAAGGCAGUUCAUAUGCAAGUAUAGGAGAUCGAUUAGCGAGUUCAGCGGAGGACUAUGAUCGUCCUGAUAUGCGUGGUGGGGAUCGUGAUUCCCGUCUUCGAGUCUUAAGUCCAGUUAGCCAGCCUGAAGAAGAUGAGUAUCAGCGAUAUCGACACGAUGAUAUCGAUCAGGAACUAGAUGACGACGACGAUGAAGAUGAGGAGUACGAAGAAGCGCGUGAUAGUCUGUACGAACACCAGGAUAUUCAACACGAUCACGACCAUGACCAUGACCAUGGCAGCGAAACUACAAAAUCGGAUUCAAGACCCGGUACGGAGCGCACCGCUUCCCACGGCGAUGACCGUUCCCAUCGACAUUCCCGCCAUAAUCAUCACCACAAGCCCAGUUCCGGCGCAAGCAGCCAUUCAAUUCCCCAUUCACACUCACACUCACACUCACACUCCCAUUCCCAAAGUGAUCCGCAUAAUUUAAAAAAUAGUCCUUGGCGCCGCAGAGUCGAGCUUGCCUUGACAAAAAUGACAGCUGAAAUAGCCGCUGUCCGUGAAACAAUGGAAGCACGCACAGUAGCCAAUCGUCGAAGAAAUGGUAUCUGGGCUUGGAUGAAGUGGAUUGUCUGGACGGUUUUCAGACAGAUACUCUGGGAUUUGGCUAUGCUUGGUGCGCUAUUGAUUUUUAUGCGAUUGCGUGGGGAUCGCAGGGUUGAGAAUCGGUUGCGCUCGGGCUGGUCUGAGUUGAAGAGCCGAUUGGCGAGGUUUAAGUUGCUUAGACGGGUUGGUGAUUUGCCUGUUUUGCCUUGA